UCGUGCGAAGAAGAUUAAGCCUGGGGAGGCGGAUUUGGAAAUGUCAGAUGAGCAGACAGCAGAAUUUCUGUGGCAGGUCAAGUUGGCAACCGGAGAUUAUCAUAACGCCAUGACGGAUGGGAUGUUCAUGCAGUGGUUGAAGCACCGACUUACCCCGGCCUUCGAUGCGCAGUUCAAGAACAAGAAGAUGUUUCUCGUUCUCGAUAACGCCUCAUACCACCACUGCUUUGACGAGGAGGUUAAGGUGCCCGAAACCAACAGUAAGAAGUACAACGUCGAACUCUUGCGCAAGUACGGUUGCACGUCGUUCAAGGUGACGCGUGAGUCGGAGGGUAAGGCUGGUGAGUACAACUUUGAGGUCCCGGCGCAGGGGUCGCUACCCAAUGCGGACCGCAAGAACCGCGUCAGCAAAGAAGAGAUAGCCUCCGUCACUCGUACGUACUUCAAAAAGAAUUUUUCCACAAAAACUCGAGGAAAAGGCUGAGACGUACAUGAGGGAGAAGGGGUGGG